UAAUUAAUUAGUCGAAACUGGAGAUGGAGGUGGAUCAUGGAGGUGGUGGUGACUUGCAAACGAUCGCUUGCCAAGGAGAGCUCAUCGAAGCUGGUCUAUUCAUCAGUGGCCCCUACUCUUGAUGAAAGAACCAUCAGUAGAAUCACCUAUCUUUCCAACAUGAUGACUGAACUGGUUUGCUGAUGGAAGCAUAUGAGAAGCAAUAGACUGAUCUGCCAGCAUCGAGGCCAGCAUGGAUAAUCACUGAUAUUAUCAUGAGUAGGACGAUACAGACUAAUAGUAAUUCUCUCUCUUUCUCUCUCUCUCUCUCUAACUGAUCUACAUGAUAAUGGACUCACCAUCAACUAUUCUCGGACUGGCUUUCAUUCCAUUGAGGAGACGCUCUCGUAGACAAACUGUUGACACGAGUGGAGACACCGCCAUGUUUUAAAGUGGGCGGUGGGUUAUAGAUGCCAUGUUUUUACAGCUCAGGCCCAGCUGAAACUUUGUAGAAAAAGAGAGAAAAAGAUGAGUACUGGUGGAAAAGGGAAAGCAAAAGGAGGAGGGAAAGGCCAGAAAGACAAGCAGCAGCAAUUGCAGGAUAAAUCAAAGCCUGCUCUUCAGAAUCCUAGUGUCCGUCGUAUCUCACAGAGUUAUAUUGGUAGCCGUACACAAUUGGACUCAAAGGGACGCCUUCAUGCUCCAUCAAGAGGACCUAAGAGAAGAGAUGAUGAUAUUAGAGAAGGUGAUGAAGGUCAUGUUGAAUGGAUGACUGCUCCACAGCUAGUCAAGCCUGACGAUCAACUUGAGCUGAGUGAACAGGAGCUGAAGGAGGAGAUUACUCGUGUAUUGACAGCUAAUAAUCCACACACUCCAUCAAAGAUCAUCAGGUUUAGUCACAAGGAACAAUCCUUUAAACCUAUUGUAUCUAUUGAUCAAAUGGCCAUCCAUUUCACACUGGACAG